AUGCACGUGCAAUUUCAUAGCGGAGCUUUCGCGCCAAUACCGUUUAAAAAUGACGGGGAACUUGUUACGGCCACUCUCUCCGUUGCGCUAUUCGUGUGCUUUGGAGUUCUUCAAGUUCUUGUGUGCUUGGUCAUUUCCGAGUCAACACUUUUUUCACUUUUUUGGAUUGGGAACCAGUACCGCUCUGCAGCUAUGGGCAAGGAAAAGAUACAUAUCAACAUUGUCGUCAUUGGACAUGUCGACUCUGGAAAGUCUACCACCACUGGACAUUUGAUCUACAAAUGCGGUGGUAUCGACAAACGAACUAUUGAAAAGUUCGAGAAGGAAGCCCAAGAAAUGGGCAAAGGAUCCUUCAAGUAUGCUUGGGUCCUUGACAAGCUGAAGGCCGAGCGUGAGCGUGGUAUCACCAUUGAUAUCGCUCUCUGGAAGUUCGAGACGGCUAAGUACUACAUCACCAUCAUUGACGCCCCAGGACAUCGUGAUUUCAUUAAGAACAUGAUCACUGGUACGUCACAGGCUGAUUGUGCUGUGCUUGUCGUCGCUUGCGGUACUGGAGAAUUCGAGGCCGGAAUCUCCAAGAACGGUCAGACUCGCGAACACGCUCUGUUGGCUCAGACUCUUGGUGUAAAGCAGCUCAUCGUUGCUUGUAACAAGAUGGACUCCACAGAGCCACCGUUCUCCGAGGCUCGUUUCAAUGAGAUCCAAACCGAGGUCUCGAACUUCAUCAAGAAGAUCGGAUACAACCCCAAGGCUGUUGCCUUCGUCCCAAUUUCCGGAUUCAACGGAGACAACAUGCUGGAGCCAUCUAGCAACAUGCCAUGGUUCAAGGGAUGGCAAGUGGAACGCAAGGAGGGUAAUGCUAGCGGCAAGACCCUGCUCGAGGCUCUCGACUCGAUCGUGCCCCCACAGCGACCCACCGACAGGCCACUUCGUCUGCCCCUUCAGGAUGUGUACAAGAUCGGAGGUAUCGGAACUGUUCCCGUCGGACGUGUCGAGACCGGAAUCAUCAAGCCUGGCAUGGUUGUUACAUUCGCACCCCAGAACGUCACCACUGAGGUGAAAUCAGUUGAAAUGCAUCACGAAUCUCUCCCAGAGGCCGGACCCGGAGACAACGUCGGAUUUAACAUCAAGAACGUAUCCGUAAAGGAUAUCCGUCGUGGAUCCGUCUGCUCGGACUCAAAGAACGACCCAGCCAAGGAGGCUCGUUCGUUCAAUGCUCAGGUUAUCAUCAUGAACCACCCUGGACAGAUUGCUGCUGGUUACACCCCCGUGCUUGAUUGCCACACCGCCCACAUCGCAUGCAAGUUCGCUGAGCUCAAGGAAAAGGUUGAUCGUCGUACUGGUAAGAAGGUUGAAGACAACCCGAAAUUCCUGAAGUCCGGAGAUGCCGGAAUCGUUGAGCUCCACCCCACCAAGCCCUUGUGUGUCGAAUCCUUCACCGAUUAUGCCCCUCUCGGUCGAUUUGCCGUCCGUGAUAUGAGGCAAACGGUUGCUGUCGGUGUCAUCAAGUCUGUGGAUAAGUCAGAGGGAGGCGCUGGAAAAGUCACCAAGGCUGCCCAGAAGGCCGGAGUUGCUCCCAAGAAGAAGUAACAUCUCAGUGUUCAUGUUUUGUUGUUAUAAAUUAUACUUGUUCUCGUGCUUAAUACAUCUCUGAUCAAACUUUAUUAUUUCUGAACCAUAUCAAGCUGUGAAAAGAAGUCUCAAGUUGUUCCUCAGUAAAGUCAAAUUGAUUCC